AUGAGCAGAUUGCUGGUGCUCCUCAAAAACACUAGAGGGAUUCGAACUUGCAGAUCAACAACAGACUGGUCUGCCACAAGUUUACCUGCACCACCACACAGUCUUAGCCCAGUGCUAGGAGCGCAAGAUGUAAUAGUAGUACCGAGGAGAAACUAUCUGGCAUGUUCUUCACUCCAGGCGGUACGAAGCCACAAUGCAUCUUUUCAUACAUCUUCUGUUGCAACUGUUGAAGCAAAGAAGUGGAGCUACAUACAUGGACCGUCUUCAGUUCCUCUGCUGGGGACUACCAUUGGAAAGCGUCUUCAGGAGAAAGUCGAAGCACAUCCAGACAAGACAGCUGUCAUUUUUUUCAAAGAUGGUAUCACCUUGACAUUUGCAGAUCUGCUAGAAAAGGUGGAUAAGCUGGCAGCCGGAUUAUUGUCUCUGGGAGUUGGCAAGGGAGACAGGGUUGGGAUAUGGGGACCAAACACGUUGGAGUGGUUUUUAACACAGUAUGCGGCCGCAAGAGCUGGAAAUAUUCUGGUCAACAUCAACCCCUCGUACCGUUCAAAUGAGUUAGAGUUUGCACUAAGAAGGUCAGGAUGCAAGCUUCUCGUAGCUUCCACUGGGUUCAAAGAUUUGAAUUACUUUAACAUGUUGAGUGAAAUCAUACCAGGACUCAAACAGCUUCCUUCUGGGGCAAGCAUCAAAUCAGAGAAAUUGCCAGCUUUGAAGUACAUAUUGUUGAUGGGCUCUGACACGAAUCCAGGUACUUUGCGCUUUGAGGAUGUCUUGGAGUCAUCUACUCCAUCAAACAGACAGGCUGUUUUUGACCUUCAAGAUCAGCUGCAGUUUGAUGAUCCAAUCAACAUUCAGUUUACAUCAGGCACAACUGGAUCACCAAAGGGUGCCACUUUAUCGCAUCACAACAUCGUCAACAACAGCUACUUUGUGGGGCUCCGCUGUGGCUACCAUGAGCAUAAAGCGGUGAUUUGUGCUCCGGUACCACUGUAUCACUGUUUUGGGAUGGUCAUGGCCUCACUACAGAUGAUUACCCAUGGUGCCACAGUGGUGUGGCCUUCACCUAUAUUUGAUCCUGUGUAUGUUCUAAAGGCAGUGGAAGCGCACAGAUGCACUUCUUUGUAUGGGGUUCCUACAAUGUUCAUUGAUAUACUCAACCAUCCACUGUGUUCGAAGACCGACACUUCCUCCCUGAUCACUGGCAUCAUGGCUGGCUCUCCUUGUCCAGUUGAAACAGUCAAAGCUGUUCUGCAGCAAAUGAAUAUGCAUAAAUUUACAGUUUGCUACGGAUCCACAGAGACAAGUCCAGUGUCUUUUCAAUCAACAGGCACAUGUGCGCUAGAAAAGAGGGUGUCAACUGUAGGAACAGUUCUGGAUCAUGUUGAGGUGAUGUGUUCAUUCACAGAAUAA